AUGGGUAUCUUUCAAAAUAAUAUCAUUAAAUGCUUAAUAAUUCUAGUAAACAUAUUUAAUAUAAGUUAUUGUUACGAUGAAAGUGGAUACAUUGCCUAUUGUCCCUGCAUGGGUAGAUUUGGAAACCAAGCUGAUCAUUUUUUAGGAGCUCUAGCAUUUAGUAAAGCCCUUAAUAGGACAUUAAUUCUUCCUCCAUGGGUGGAAUACAGAUAUGGAGAAGUGAAAUCAAUUCAAGUCCCUUUUGACACCUAUUUUGAUACAAAGCCAUUAACUGUUUACAACAAAAUUGUGACAAUGGAAACCUUUAUGCAAGAAGUUGCACCAAACAUUUGGCCCCAAGACAAAAGGAUAUCCUUUUGCUACACUCCUAGAAUUGGGGAUUAUAAAAAUAGUUGUAAUGCAAAGUCAGGCAAUCCAUUUGGGCCCUUUUGGGACACUUUUAAUAUAGAGUUUAGUGAUUCUGAAUUUUAUGGACCUUUAAAUUAUGAUGCAUAUAACGAAAUAAUUAUACAACAGUGGAUUAUUAAGUACAGACCACAAGAAUGGCCUGUGUUAGCUUUUACAGGUGCACCAGCUAGUUUUCCUGUUCAGGCAGAAAAUGUACAUUUACAAAAAUAUCUUAAAUGGAAUGUCCAAAUAUUGGACAAAGCUAAGUUAUUCAUCAAAGAAAAUAUGAAUGGUGGUGGUUUCUUAGGCCUUCAUUUAAGAAAUGGUCAAGACUGGGUAAGAGCAUGUGAGCAUGUCAAAGAUAGCCCAACAUUGUUUGCAGCACCUCAAUGUGUUGGUUAUAAAAAUGAGAAAGGACCCUUGACAUCAUCAAUGUGUCUUCCCACUAAGGGUGAAAUGUUGAAACAAGUCAAGAGGGCACUAAAAAAGUUUCCAGACAUAAAGUAUGUUUUUGUUGCAUCAGAUUCCAAUCAUAUGAUAGAAGAGUUGAAGAAAUCAUUAAAGGACUUUCAUGUUACUCUAACUAAACUUAACAACAGUAAUCCACAUUUAGAUCUAGCUAUCUUAGGCAAGGCUAAUUAUUUUAUUGGCAAUUGUGUGUCUUCUUUUUCUGCAUUUGUAAAACGAGAUAGAGACGUCAGUGGCCUUCCAUCUGAAUUUUGGUCUUUUCCCAGUCGAAAGAAGUAUAAACAUGAUGAACUAUAG